ACAAUGAACAGCUGCAAUUGCAUACAGAUUUUGGCAAGCAGCAGCAAAAAACUGAUGAACACUGCUAAAAAAAAGUUUAAUACGCCUUGAAAGUGGAUUUGUUUUGUAAAUAAAUAAUUAUUAUUUUUUAAUUUAACACCUGAAUAGAAAGACAAUGGAGGAACAACAAAAUAAAGAGGAUACAAUUAAUAAUGGUUCGGCAGAUAUUACAGAAUUAAAUGAUGAUUGUUUAGAAUGUAUAUUCGAAAGAAUACAUGAUUUACCCAACCAAAUACAAAUUGCCAAAAGCUGCAGACGUUUUCGCAACAUUAUAGUGGGUCUGUGGAAACGUCAACCUGAAUAUAAAAUUUUAGCCUUUAACGAACUGCCAACUGUGUUACCAAACUUUGAUGAUUUUGAGUAUUUUCUAAAAGCCAUGAAAACCGAGUUCCACACUUUAAGGAUUAUAGACGAGUGUUUAAAUGUUUUUCUCAAGGAAAUGGAAGAGUGCGGCAUUGAUUGUUUUACUGCCAUACAUCGCUGCGAAUUUCAAGAUGACAUUAUGGAUUGUUAUCCCCAGGAUGAUGAUAUGGAAUCAUUGACGAAAUUAGUGCCUAAUUUGAAAUAUCUUCACAUAACUGUGCCCAUUACCGGCCAUUACUUGACAAAUUUGAAAUAUUUGGAAGAGUUACAUUUGUACGAUGAGCAGACAAAAGUCUAUGAAAUACAGGAAAAAUAUCUCAAAGAUAUUUUAUUGAAUCUUAAAUAUCUAAAAGUAUUAGAUAUGCGCACAUUUGAAGUAUCACAUCUACAGCUAAUGCCAGAAAUUUCCGAAUGUCUUAAUUUACAAGAACUCAAAUUAAAUUUAAAUUCCCUUAAGCCAGUGCUGGAAAACGUACUCAAACUGCCUCGUCUUAAACAUCUACAAGUACUGCUGGAUCAGGAUAUUGAUGUUUCACGCAUACAAAACAUCGAUACAUUCGAUUAUAAAAUCUACGAAACUAAAGAAUAUUAUCACAUUUUACGCGAAAAGGGCUCACUUUUACAGGGUUUAGCCAUUGAUUUUCAUUUUCUUCCCGUCAGCAAGACUUGGAUCUCUGACUUUCAUUAUCUAAAUCCUUCGAAUCUAAAAUUGUUGGCUUUGUGUAAUUAUGAUUUUAAAUCACACGAAGAAUGUUUGUGUUGCCCUUUCAAUCGUUUGGAAAUUCUAUGCCUCAGACAUGCCCAGAAUUUGGAGGCUUUAAUGAUAUUGGACAUUUUACAUUUAUGCCCUAAACUAAAACAUUUGGAUGUUAGUUAUUGUCUGAAUUUGGAUGCAUCAUUAUUAAAUUCGUUGGCGAAAUAUUUACAAAAGGAAAAACGUUCUUCAUCGCUUUGUGUCUAUUAUCGUAUGUCGGGUUUGGAGGAUGAAAUUGAGAAAAAUUUUGCCUUUUGGACUUCUCAAAAAUACUUACAAUUGCGUAAUGAUUUUCCACCUGGUUCCGAUAUUGGCUUAAGUUAUGUUCAACGUGGUUUUGCUUUUUAUUUUUGAGAAAACGAAACAAGAAAAUAAAUAAAAUGCUAAGAUGUUUUUAUUAAAACGUAAAAAUAACAAA